GUUGUCAGCGGCAUCCUGCGCUACUGAUAACAGUCGCUAUCGCUCUCAUUCAUAGCGUGGUCUCUUCGCGCCGAAACACUGGCUGGCCAACCAAUCUGUUUAAAGUACCGUUAACCGACACAUUGCAAACAUUUCUUCAACUAUAGGAGGUGAGUGAAGAAAUCAACCUUUUUUUCUGUCCAACAACGUUAACUACGCAGACGGACACAUCAUCAUCAUCAUCUAGCUAACGAUGAAGUUGAGGUGGGACUGGACGUGUCUCUUGUUAUUAUCCAUCUCCAUAAUAACAUGGGCCCAGGACGAAGAGCUGGAGGAUGAAGAAGAGGCUCAAGUAGAGGAUGGAGAUGUGGGCAUGGAGAUGGACAGCAGUGAGAACACUGAAGCAGAUGCCAAUGUGUCUUUUCAGGUAACAUACAAAACCCCAGUUCCAACGGGAGAGGUCUUCUUCACUGAGACAUUUGAUGAUGGUUCUUUGAACAGGUGGCAGGUAUCUAAAACAAUGAAGGAGGAUGCUGAUGAAGAUAUUGCAAAAUAUGAUGGUAAAUGGGAGGUUGAGGCCCUAAAGGAAAACAAGGUUCCUGGUGAUCUAGGCUUGGUGCUUAAAUCUCGUGCUAAGCACCAUGCAAUCGCUGCUCUGCUUAACCAACCCUUCAUCUUUAAGGACAAGCCCCUCAUUGUCCAGUAUGAGGUCAAUUUUCAAGAUGGAAUUGACUGUGGAGGUGCUUACAUCAAGCUACUGUCGGAUUCAAAGGACUUGGACCUGGAGCAGUUUCAUGACCGGACACCGUACAGCAUCAUGUUUGGGCCGGAUAAAUGUGGAGAGGACUACAAACUGCACUUCAUCUUCAAGCAUAAAAGCCCCCUCAAUGGAGAUACGGAAGAAAAACAUGCCAAGCGACCUGACGUUGAUCUGAAGAAGAUCUACACCGAUAAGAAGACUCACCUUUAUACACUUGUGUUAAAUCCAGAUAAUAGCUAUGAGAUCUUUGUAGACCAGUCCAGUGUUAGCAGGGGAAGUCUGUUGACAGACGUCAUUCCCCCUGUGAACCCGCCUAAAGAGAUUGACGAUCCCAAAGACUCCAAGCCAGAGGACUGGGACGAGAGAGCUAAAAUCCCUGACCCAGAAGCAGUCAAACCUGAAGACUGGGAUGAGGACACCCCAGCUAAGGUGCCUGAUGCUAAUGUAGUGAAGCCUGAUGGGUGGCUAGACGACGAGCCAGAGUUUGUGUUUGAUCCUGCUGCUGAAAAGCCUGAUGACUGGGACGAGGAAAUGGAUGGAGAAUGGGAGGCUCCUCAGGUGCCAAACCCAGCCUGUACAACUGCUCCUGGCUGUGGUGAAUGGAAGCCACCCAUGGUCAAUAAUCCUCAGUAUAAGGGCAAAUGGAAAGCUCCUCUCAUAGACAACCCCAACUACCAGGGUGUGUGGAGUCCACGGAAAAUCCCAAACCCUGACUACUUCGAGGAUCUUCACCCGUUUAGGAUGGCGUCAUUCAGAGCUGUGGGUCUGGAGCUGUGGUCUAUGACCUCGGACAUUUACUUUGACAAUUUCAUUAUAACUGCAGAGAAAGAGGUGGCAGACCGCUGGGCUGCAGACAGCUGGGGACUCAAAAAACUAGUGGCCAGUGCCAAUGAGCCUGGAGUGUUGAGUCAGCUGGUGUUGGCUGCAGAAGAGAGGCCCUGGCUGUGGGUGGUUUAUAUCCUGACCGUUGGUCUGCCUGUCGGACUGGCUGUGCUUUUCUGCUGGCCUAAGAAGUCAGAUGACGACUUCGUAUACAAGAAAAUUGACCAACCCAAAGCAGAACCAGAGGAGGUAACAGAGGAAGAGGAGGAGGAGGAGAAAGGAAAGGAUGAAGAAGAAGAAGCAAAAGCAGAUACAGCUACUGAAGCUACUGGGGAGGAGAAUGAGGAUGAGAUGGAGAAGGUGGAUGGAGAAGCUGGAGGAGAUACAGAGGAGGAAGAGGAGGAGGAGGAGGAAGCCAGUAAGCCAAAUGACAUGCCUUCAGAGGACGAAAUGAAGGAUGCUGAUAAAGGAAACCAGAGCACAGGAGAUGAACCUAAAGCUGUGAGAAAGAGGAGAGUACGGAAGGACUGAACACACCUCGUUUUUUCCCAGAUUUUCUCUUCCUUCUUGUCCUUCUUGCCUCUUUCGGCUUUAUGCCCUUUAGCAUGCAAAAAUCGGCAAACCUAGCCGCUCUAUUGAAGAGGUCAUUUUCCAUCCGAUUGAACCUUGCCUCCACCUUUCAGUCUUCCGCUUAGUUCGUACCAGUUACUGUUCUGAUUUAGAUACAAAAAUCAGCCCUGCUGUGUUUUAUCUCCCAAGUUUUUUCCUAUUUUUCUUUUUCUUUUCUUUUUAGAUUAGGAUUCAAGGUGUCGUAUUUGUCCAGUACUUCCCUACUAGUAAGUGAUGUAAGUCCAAGUACUGUGAAGGGAAAUGUACAAAAGAUAUUUUAGAAAGAUGAACUAGUUUAUGAUCACCUCUACAUUAAGAGGUCAGUUCCUUGUGAGUUCUAAGUUAUGAGGUUUUUAACUUGAUCAAAUUGCACUGAUCGUAUUUAUUGUUUGUAACUUGUUUGAAGAAAUAUACAAUUUAAUUUAGACAUAGAACUUUAUUUUAAUAUUGCUUUCUACUGUGUCAUUUCCACAGUUAGCAGGCUGUGGAAAAAGUGCUCUGCUUGUCAGACCAGGGGCUUUCUUCAUAAAACAUCUAGAUCAGAGGAGUGUAUUGAAUGGAUCAGUGUUGCGUUUUUGGCAUUAAAGCAAGUCAUUAUGCACAGUCCGAGCUGAUCUAAGUUUAGCAUCAUCACUGACACUGUAGCCACAGGUCCAGUUGUAAGCACACUGAAAACACUCACUUGUCCCUCUGUUUGACAUCAGACUGACCGACGUGAAACCAUUGAGCUCUGAAAGCAGAUUUGGUUGUUUUCCAAGUGAUGAACAGUUUUGUUUUUCUGCUUUUCUAGUUAGUACAUGUGUUCAGCCUUACGAGUUCAGCCUUUUUGUUUACAUGUUUGCAAACUGUUCAUUGCUCUUGGAAAUAAAUAUUUACUAUAAAUGUCUGUCUGCACUGUUGCCAGGUCUUCACAAGGAACAGAGUUUACUCACUUAUGCAAAGGCAAAUUAUUUUAUUAAAGGCAUAAUUGUAACAAAAUAAAAUGUACACUUUUAGAACAGACAGUACCUUACAUUGGGUGCUUGUAAACAUAAAUUACUACAUUAAUGUAAAAUUAUAAACAGACUAAUAUAUAUGUUGUGAUGUUGCAUCAGUGCAGUUUCCAUACUUUUGGACCAAUGAAUUUGUAUGACAUUUCCAUUUGUACAUGAUAACUGGAUAAUGAAAAUCAUUCUAAAGAGA